AUGCUACGCAACACUAAUCUUGUCGUAUACUGGGGCCAGGAUUCGUAUGGCGUGGAUAAUCCAUCUGAUACCGCCAACUGGCAACAACCGAUGUCAUAUUAUUGCAAUGAUGACACCAUCGAUACAUUUCCCAUUGCUUCUUUGAACGCGUUCUUCGCUACAGGAGGUCUUCCUUCCAUCAACCUAGGGAACUCGUGUUCUAAUUCCUCAUUUCCCGGUACAUCGAUGCUCAAUUGUACCAUUUUAGCCCCCGAUAUAGAAGCUUGUCAAGCUGCAGGAAAGAUCGUCACGAUUUCCCUAGGCGGAGAGGCUGGUUCGGUUGGGUUUUUGAAUGAUACCCAGGCGCAAGUGUUUGCACAGACGAUUUGGGAUCUCUUUCUUGAGGGAAGUAGUCCUAAUCGUCCGUUUGGUUCUGCGGUAUUGGAUGGAGUUGAUCUCGAUAUUGAAGGUGGUAGUCAGACCGGCUAUGCGGCUUUCGUAACUGCACUCCGCGCACUGAUGGCUAAGGGAAGCAAGCAGUACUACAUCACUGCAGCUCCACAAUGUCUCUACCCAGACGUCCACAUUGGCACAACACUGAAUGCUGUUGGAUUCGAUGCUGUCUAUGUCCAAUUCUAUAAUAACUACUGCGGUCUCAACAACUAUAGCAAUGUGAAUGCAUGGAAUUUUGGUACAUGGGACAAUUGGGCCAGAACGGUCUCUCCAAAUCCAAACGCCAAAGUCUACAUCGGUGCACCUGCAUCCCCGUCUGCAGCUGGGUCAGGAUACAUUAACGCAUCGACGUUUGCGACGAUCAUUCAGCAGACGCAGAGCCAAUACUCGUCAUUUGGAGGUGUGAUGUUGUGGGAUGCAUCGCAAGCCUAUGCAAAUUCGAGGUAUGAUCGGGCUGUGAAGAAUGCGUUGACGGUUGGUGGGAUUGUGGUUGCAACGUCAGCUAGUACUUCUACUGCUGCGACAACUACCGCCGGUACGACGACUGCGACAACUACCGCGGCCACUACAGCGGCGAAUGCCACAGCAACUGCAACUGGUACUAGUUGCUCCGGUAUAUGCACAUGGUCGAGUGCGAUAGCAUACGUUGACGGAGACCAAGUGAUUUACAACGGUCAACUUUGGACAGCAAAAUGGUGGACGUACGAUGAUGUACCUGGAGAUUCAGCGGGUGUAUGGACCGAAACCGCAUCUUGUUACGAUCAACGACUACCACGGCCUCCAUAGCCGAAGACCACGGAUCGGAUCGUUGUAACGGAGAUGAUCGUGUUGACAAUUGCGUUAUAGCUGGAUACACAAGGAGGCCCAGAAACCAAAAGGCUAUACCAGAUGCGUGCUACUUUACAAACCCCCCACGAUCAGCGAACAGGGCACAAGUAUCUCUUGUGCAUGCCAGCGGAUCACCGCACCAGAAGUGCCUGCCGGCGGCGACGGCCCUGUUCUAGUUUAG